CUCCCCAAGAACGGCAACUCUAUCACUCAUUACUUCCGGUAUUCAUAAUAAACAGGAAAAACAGCAGACAAGACUGUUAGAGAAAAAUAUUGACAAGCAGGUGGUAUCAGUUGAUAAGUUCAACUGAUACAGUACCUCUACCUGCGAAGGUAGUUCUUCAUUGUUGUGUGAAUUUUUUAUUCACUGAGCUAAAAGGGAAAAAAUCUGCAGAAAUGCCUGCCUUGUUGGAGAGGCCCAAGAUGACUCGGGCGGUCUACGAAUCCCUGAAGAGACACAUCAUGAGGGAGAGGGAAAAAAAGAAGCAAGAACAAGAGCAAGAUGCCAUGAUGGAACGUUUGAGGAAAGAAAGAGAGUUGAAGAAAAAGAAGGAAGAAGAGGACAGUCUCUCAUUAGAAGAAACCAAGGAACAGAUAAGUCAGCUGGAAAGGAAGCUGGAGGGUCAGAAGAUCUUGAAGCAUCAGCUUUUCAAUCAACUGAAAAAAGUUUUGAGCAAUCAAGAGGACACUAGGAGGAAAGCUCAGCAGAAAGAGCAAAGUGAGAUGACACUGUCCCAGCCAGCCUACCAACACCCGACCCUGGCCCCAGCCCCUCAGCCCAUGAUGAUGCACGGCCGGCCGGCCCUAUACAAGCCCACUGCUCCGCCACCACCCCUCACGGGCAUGAAGAGACAGAGGAGCCCCUCCCCUACACCGGCCUCCUCCGCCUCAUCGUAUCAGACGUACGGACACAGCGAGUCCAAGUACUUGCACACCUCAGAGGGAAAGUACCCCUCGCACAACGACUCCAAAUUUGGCCAUGCUGACCCCAAGUAUCUGCCUUCCUUUGCUGGGGGCAAGCCGGGCCACCUGUACACUGCACCCCACGCACAGCCUGCUGACUUCAAAACGUCGGCCUACCCCCAGGCCAGCGCCAGCCAUCUUUACGCCACCAACCCCUCGUUCCAACAGCAGGCUGCUGCUGCGGCUGUGGCCAGCCCUUAUUCCAGCAGCCAAUCGAGUGCCAGCAAGUACCCUGGGCCUGGCCAAUCGGCUUUCACCUCGUACCAGGGCCACUACCCCCAGUCCCACCCGCAGAAAGCCCUGCCGGAACAGUUCCCAGCCGCCUACCCGAUACAGAGGAUGCAGCAGCCUGGUUACCAUGCCAGUCUUCAGCUGCAGCAGACGCUGGAACAUGCGGGGCAGAAACAGGCGGCGGCUGCCGCUUUUGAGGACAAGUACAAGUUGGGACAGACACAGAUUCGUGGCAUGGUCCCCCCUCAGCAGCCGACGCUGAUAUCGCAGGCGCUGCAGCUUCAGCAGCAACAGUCCAAGAGCAACUAUACCAACCCCAGCAGUGGUCAAGGCCGGCCGGGCUAUGGCGGUCAGUCCCACAGCCGCUACUACCAGUGAGUUUGGUAGUGGACAGUAACAGCUUGGGCUAGUUCUCGGAUCACACACCUGGACAGACCGUUUCAGGAGAGUGGGGUCAGUCUUUGAUGCCUCCAUGUGGACUCAAAUGUGCAGAUGUCCAAAAAGAUGCUCCUUGCUUGGAGAUAAUGUCUUAAAACGAGAUAUGUCGUGCAGUUAUGUAUGGGACUGUUUUUGGAUUGGUGACACAUAAUUAUUAUGUGCGGAUGUUCAGAAAGAUGAUCUUUGCAUGGUGAUAUCUUAAAACAAGAUAUGUCGUAUAGAAUAUGGGUUUCACAGUUUUUGGAUGAGAGACCCAUAUGAUAUGAUAUGAUAUAUAUGUUCAACUUAAGACUUGCACGCUUUGCGAUCGGCACUCGACAUGCUGACAGCUUUUGGAAAACAGGAUCCAUGCAGGGAUGGAAACUGAUCAGUCCAAAAUUUACUGUACUUUUUUCGCAGGCUAUACAGAUUUGGAAAAAUACUCUUAUUUAAUUGUAGAUUAGUACACAUACGGAAAAUGAUAGUUUCACUUUACUGGUCGGACCGAGCGCUUAAAGAGGCCACUUACGAACGUCAGGUCCCAAGAUGGAGCAAUUCGAAAUUACGGAUUUCCGUUACUUUACGGAAAAUUUCCAUCCCUGUCCAUGUUGGCUUUUGAGCAAAUAAUGUCAGUUGCAGAAGUUAUAAUGUGUUUGACAACUUUUGGAUUGGCCUCUUUGUGUAAGAACCCGUUACCUUUUAUGUGUAAAAGGCUUUUGGAUUUUUACUUGUGUGUAUGUGUUAACGGGUGGUUGGAGGGCUUUACUUUUCUUUCCCUUUAUUGGUUCUGUCUGUCUUGCUUUUUUUCCUGUCACUGAAUAAUUGUUAUCAUGUCGAUGUGCUUCUUUUACUCAAAUUAAACACUUUAGUUUAAUUAUGGGUAUCUCAAUGAGACGUAUUGUCCUCUAUGCUUCAAAAUCAUUCGGAUAGAUAUCAUAUACUCAUAACCUUUCAAACCCAACUAUAAUUCUUACACCUUCAAGCCCAACUAUGAUUCUGACCCCUUCAAGCCUUGCCCCUUUAAAACUACAUAUAUAUAUGGACUGUUAAACAUUGGAGCCAUGCCCCAUUAAGUCUACUGUUCACGCAGACUUUUGAAUGUCUUUUUACUUUUAUUCAGCAAAAACUGUAAUUGUAAAUAAUGAUACUAUACAUUUGCAUCCAUUUUGCUUUUUUAACUUUCUUUUCCAUAACACAGGGACAUUUCAGCAGGUGGUAGGAAGUACCACUGGUAGGUCAUAUUUCUUUUCUUCCCCCUGUUGUUUCUGUCUGUCUUUUCUUCUUCCUGGCACUAGAUGACUGUUACUGUGUUGAUGGGCUUCUCUUUACUCAAGCAAACCGUAAGAUAAACUUUGAUACCAUCAUCAUCAGAUUUAGAAAAAAGUUGAAAUUUCAUGAGCUUAGUGUCUUGUGAUUUCGGUAGUGUCUGUUUAGUAGGCUACAGAGUAGGCCUACUGUGUCUACUGAUAAAAA